CGGGCUUUGCGACAAUGGCGGCGCCGGUGCCUACGGUGUGUUCUCUUUCUCUUUCUCAGGUUGCUAUUGUGGAUGCUUCCUUUACUUUAAGUGAUUCAGGCAAAUUAUUGGCGCGAGGGAAGGGUGGUGAUGAACGUGGCUUCAGGGAGGCAACCUCCCUGGCACAGCGUGGGGAAACGGGGCUGGAAUUACCGCUCCUCACCAGUAACCUCGGAGGGGCUGGCCCGCUAGAAGGAGGUGCUGGAGUCAGACCUGCCGAGAGCGGUGGCACUUUUGAAAAACCUCCAGGAGCAGGUAAUGGCUGUAACUGCACAAAUUCAAGCUCUGACGAAAAAAGUUCAAGCUAGAGCCUAUCCAACAGAGAAGGGUCUCAGCCUCUUGGAAGUGAAAGACCAGUUGCUGCUCAUGUACCUUAUGGAUUUGAGCCAUCUCAUCCUGGACAAAGCCUCAGGAGGGUCUCUUCAGGGACAUGCGGCAGUUUUGAGACUGGUGGAGAUUCGCACGGUUUUGGAAAAAAUUCGUCCCUUGGAUCAAAAACUGAAGUAUCAAAUUGACAAACUGGUCAAGACCGCAGUGACAGGCAGCCUCAGUGAGAAUGACCCACUCCGUUUUAAGCCUCAUCCCAGCAAUAUGAUGAGCAAGUUGAGCUCUGAGGAUGAGGAAGAUGAAGCAGAGGAAGGACAGUCUGGGGCUGCAGGGAAGAAAUCUGCAAACGGAGCAGUUAAGAAAUACGUUCCACCACGCUUGGUGCCAGUACAUUAUGAUGAAACAGAGGCUGAGCGGGAAAAGAAGCGUCUAGAACGAGCCAAGAGACGAGCAUUGAGCAGCUCUGUUAUUCGUGAACUUAAGGAGCAGUACUCAGAUGCUCCAGAGGAAAUCCGUGAUGCCCGGCAUCCUCAUGUUACUCGCCAGAGUCAGGAGGAUCAACACAGGAUUAACUAUGAGGAGAGCAUGAUGGUGCGUUUAAGUGUCAGUAAGCGAGAGAAAGGACGACGAAAACGCGCAAAUGUCAUGAGCUCACAACUUCAUUCUCUCACGCACUUCAGUGACAUCAGUGCUUUGACAGGAGAAACCCCUCAUCUUGAUGAGGAUCAGAAUCCUAUUAAGAAGCGGAAGAAGAUACCCAAGAAAGGUCGGAAGAAAAAAGGUUUUCGGAGGCGGCGGUGAUUGUGGGUGUACAUACUUAUAUAUAUUUUUUGUCAUCCUGAGAUACUUCCAGUUUCACUGUAUGUAGGUCCCUUUCCUCGGAAUUUAUUGUUUGCUCUGGACAUGUGGAAAUCUGUUAAUAAAACUGAUUUUACUUAUGAAUUGAA